UAAAUUAACACAAGGUGGCGGUGGCCUAGAGAAAGUUUUGUGCACUGGUUUUGUGUUUACGGGGUUUGUAAAAAGUUUCGGUAUGCCAGAGUGGUGGCCAGAGAAAAUGAAAUGAGCUUUUCAAGUAAUUCAUAUCACUUAAACUGGAGCCGUUUAAUUUCAUGAAACUAAACGAGAACACGCACCUGAAAAGAUACAUUGUGUGCAACAUCGUAACUGGAAAGAUAACGGACUGGCACGAAUCACACCUAGCUUAGUCAUAGGAGGCCAUGGCUUAGUUUAUUGAUGUGAUACAUCGUGUCGUAAUGUCUGUAUACUGUUAGUCAAACAUAAUACCGUAGCUCCCUAUGCAAAACGGGCUCUGCAUGCGUCGUGUGUCGAAACUAGAAUCUAGUCCUUAUUACGCUUCAGCGCUAUGGAGACAAGCGUAUCGGGAUUUGAACAUGUGGAUUUUCCUGCUACAGCAGUCGGUUCUUCGGCUGAAGCUGUACAAGGCAGUCACAGAGGACCAAGAAAAUAUUGGGAAGAAUGGAUGGAUCUUUUCGAAGGUGAACACUUAGGUAACAAGCUAAAAUACAUGGCACUCAGCAUCAAGCUAGCUGACUGUAGAUUUCGGAGCAUAUGCUGGAAGGUGUUUCUCGAGUGUCUUCCUGAAACUCGACAAGACUGGAUAUAUGUGACAAGAGAGAGGAGAAGCAAAUAUACAUCACUACUAAAUCAAGUAGCUUAUAAUCCUCGUCAAGGCACCAAAGAAAUAGAUCUGGACUUGAAUAACCCAUUGUCUCAAGAUUUGUCCAGCCCCUGGAAUCAGUACUUUGAGGACAGUGAGCUCAAAGUCACAAUAACGCAGGACGUGAUACGGACCUUUCCAGAGAUAGAAUUCUUCCAAACAGCUGAUGUCCAACAGAUGAUGGUGAACAUCUUAUUCUGUUAUGCAAGGCAACAUCAACAGGUUUCGUACCGUCAGGGGAUGCACGAGCUCCUUGCUCCCAUCAUCUUUGUACUUCACCAUGAUCAGCAGACUUUUCUGCAUGCCCUGGAACUAGGAUAUGUAAAUGAAUUCCCCUCUCCUAUAAGAGAUGACAUCAGGGAGCUGCUCAACCCGGACUUCACAGAACACGAUGCCUUCUUCCUCUUCAGCCAAGUAAUGGAUGGUGUGGAGUCUUGGUACAUUUGCAACGAAUCAGCUACUAGAAUUGACCAGUUUGGCUUUACACCGUUCUCCAAGGCUAGCUGUGUGGGGAUGCACAAUGUGCUUGGUGUGAAACUGUGCAAGAUAAAUGAACAGAUGCUGAAAAGAUAUGACUACGUUUUGUACAACCAUUUGGAGAGCAUGGAGAUUCCACUGCACAUUUUUGGAAUACGUUGGCUUCGGCUGCUGUUUGGACGAGAGUUUGGUUUGCCGGAUUUGCUCAUCAUUUGGGACGCAAUAUUUGCGGAGAGCCUCGCGUUCUGCUUGGUGGACUUUAUAUUUAUAGCCAUGCUUAUCUGCAUAAGAGACAAAUUGUUGAAUGCAGACUACACCCAAUGUCUCAGUUGCCUUAUGAAAUAUCCUGGAGGUUCAUAUAUCACAUAUAUUAUACAAAUGGCACUGCACCUCAAGCAUCCCAUGCAAUACACAAAGCCAUCUGGAGAGCACUUAGUUCAGCAAAACAGAGUUUCCACAGGAGCAGUAAGAGAACUGCAAAGGACAAGUAAUGCAAGGACAGAAACUAUGGAUAAUGCAAAAUCUUCAAGAAGGCCGAAGACUUUACCAUUACCAGGGCAUAUGGCACAGGCAUUCAAGGCCAAUAGUGAACCAACUACAUUGGACUCUAGUCCUGAAGCAUCCGAUGGAGAUGAUGAAAACUCGCUCAGAGGCGACCAGCGGCACGGUGUACGGAAAGCUGGUUACAACACAUGGACGUUGCGAAGUCUGAAGGGGCCUAACGCUAUCACCCGUAGCCUCAAUCAGCUGGUGAACAGCAGUGAGGAUGAUCGGGUGCGUGAGAUGGUGACGCUUAAGGCUAAGAACCUGGCUUCAAGCUCGGCUGCUGGAAUAGCAGAAAGUCAGACACGCAGGCACAAAAUGAUACGGCAACAGCAGAUAGGAUGCAAGCCUGGCAAGCAAGUUGUUCAUAGCACUACUGCCGAAAAGUGCACGGUGAAAGACACUGCCAGGCUGCAUCACGUCAUAAAGGACUGCUACAGAGAAAUGAAUGUCCACCUGAGCCUCUUGCAGGAGUGUCUCUGUUCACAGGAGCUACAGCGAGAAGAUGAAAUGCUCCUUGCGUUGGCCAGUCUCAAGAGAGUACGUGACAACUUGAAGGAAGCUACGGACUCAUCUGAUAUGGAAGAAGAAAUUGCCACAGACGCAGAACAAAUGGAUGACUGGACUCUUAUUACAGCUUCACAACCUGUAGAAGGCAAUCGAGCAUGUGAGGACAUGGUACUAACAGUUAGAGAACAUUCCCUGCUUUCUGUUCCUGAGCAGGAUAGCCUGCAGGGUGUGCCUCACCCUCAGGAAGCAAAGAAGAAGAAGCUUGUUGCGCUUGUUUCAAGCCAGAAAGAGCAGACCAGUGGCAGAAUUUCAGAUGGUGGUGGUGGUGAUGUCAGAUGAUGUCGUGAUGUCGUCUGCUUACAUUUUUUUAUCAAGAUACACCACAUUAAACAAUAUUGUUUCCUUUUAUUGAGAUUUACACCUUGCAUGGUUGUGCUAAAAACGGAUCUGAUUUCCAGUAAUCAAGUUCCGCAGAACAGCGUUACUGUGCACUAUGUAUGUAUGUAUGUACUUAGAGUAAGAUGUUCAACACACGUGCACUUUUUAAAUUGCACUCUGAUGUGUGGUAAGUGCAGUUUUCUUCCAAGCCAUUCCAAGCUGUUGGAAUGACUCUCCGAAUGACUAUAACUUCAUGAUGAUGUCUGACAAUAUGUACAUUUUGGCAUGCUUCAGGUAUGAAUAGUGGCCAGCCCUACUGCUUCAUAUUGUAGUAAUAUUGUGCCAGAUGCGUAUACGAAGAGGGGAGUCAAGUCCUGUAGAUCACAUAAACAAAAUACAGAAGCCGACACUGAAGAUUUUUGUUUAAGUUUAAUUUGUACAAGCUUUCGCGUGGAGGUCCACGCUUCCUCAGGUGCCACUGAGAAUUACGCUCUGCAAAGUGCCAAGUGAUUCAGCAGUGCAUAUAAGUUGGGAUACAUGAGUGGCGCAUGCUUAUCAUGGCAAAACAUGGGUGUUUAAACAAAAGGACAAAUGUUUCUUUCCUAUUGUUACCCUUGUAACUUUGCCCGUGCACGGCUAGACUGGAGCAGACAUGAUAACCAGAUGAGCUCACAAACAGAGCUGAGUACCAGGAGCCAGACAAGGAUGACACAGUGCAGAGAUAAGCAUUGGAAUGUUGGAGCACAAAAGCUUGUUUAUAGAAAAGGAGCGUUAUCUUUCAGAUAACCUUGCCCUUGUGUGUAACAGUUUGGCUUUCGAUUUGCCAAUGACGUUUUUUUUUUCUUUUUUUCGCUGGUUCUUGAUAUAUAUUAGUUGCAAAGCAGACGACGGUUGUGUACAACAUUUUAUGCCUGUAGUGUAAAAGUCACAGCGUAGCAGUGUUGUGGAAACCUCAAGUGUGUGAGUCAGUUUCCACAAACCAGUUCAGAAGAUUUCUACAAGAACUCAGAACCAAUGGCCAUCCUGGAUAAAUAUGUGAUUAUGGUUCAGAUGGAACGUGAUGAGCUGACUGAGCAUUUCUUGAUCUGAUACAUUUAUAAAAUGUUUAACAUUGAAUUGUAACAAGGGGUAAUAUGCAGUAAGGUGUGUGCUCCCUUUAUGUUACUCAUUUCUGAAAGUGCUCAAUCAGCAAGUGUGAACAAAGGUAUUGUUCGUUUGCACAGCAAACAUAAAAUGUGUAUUGUUCAAGUUCCAGGAAAAGCCAAGAGGCACCGCUUUAUGCAGUGACAAUAAAUGCAUCUAUCAUAAAUCA